GGGCUCAGCACAGUCACUCGCUCGCCUUCUCCCACCGUCUCCACACGUCGGAGCCAGUCCCGAGCCGGUCCCGAGCCGAUCCUGAGCCGAUCCCGAGCCAGCGCCGUCAGAGCCGGUCCCGAGCCGGUCCCCAGCCGAUCCCGAGCCAGCGCCGUCAGAGCCGGUCCCGAGCCGGUCCCGAGCCACCGCUGUCGGAGCCAGCCCCGAGCCGGUCCCCAGCCGAUCCCGAGCCAGCGCCGUCAGAGCCGGUCCCGAGCCGGUCCCGAGCCACCGCUGUCGGAGCCAGCCCCGAGCCAGCGCCGGUCCCGAGUGAGCCUAGCCGCCCAGAUGGAGCGCCCGCAGCCCGACAGCAUGCCCCAGGAUUUGUCAGAGGCCCUGAAGGAGGCCACCAAGGAGGUGCACACCCGGGCAGAGAAUGCCGAGUUCAUGCGGAACUUUCAGAAGGGCCAGGUGACUCGAGAAGGCUUUAAGCUGGUGAUGGCCUCGCUGUAUCACAUCUACAAGGCCCUGGAGGAGGAGAUCGAGCGCAACAAGGAGAACCCGGUCUACGCCCCCCUCUACUUCCCGGAGGAGCUGCACCGCCGGGCGGCCCUGGAGCAGGACUUGACCUUCUGGUACGGGCCCCGCUGGCAGGAGACCAUCCCCUACACACAGGCCACCCGGCGCUACGUGCAGCGGCUCCAAGAGGUGGGGCGCAGGCAGCCCGAGCUGCUGGUGGCCCACGCCUACACCCGCUACCUGGGUGACCUGUCGGGGGGCCAGGUGCUCAAGAAGAUUGCCCAGAAGGCCUUGGACCUGCCCAGCUCCGGCGAGGGCCUGGCCUUCUUCACCUUCCCCAACAUCGACAGCGCCACCAAGUUCAAGCAGCUGUACCGCUCCCGCAUGAACUCUCUGGAGAUGACCCCUGAGGUCAAGGGGAGGGUCAUCGAAGAGGCCAAGACCGCCUUCCUGCUCAACAUUCAGCUGUUUGAGGAGCUGCAGGAGCUGCUGCCCCGGAACGCUGAGGACCAGAGCCCCUCGCAGCCGGGCCUCCGCCGGCGGGCUGGCAGCAGGACGCAAGACUUGACGCCCACGGAGACCCCCAGAGGGAAGGCCAGUGUCUUCUCCCGGGCGCCGCUCAUCCGAUGGGUCCUCACACUCAGCUUUCUGGUGGCAACGGUUGCCAUGGGGCUUUACGCCAUGUGAAUGCAGCGUGUUGGCUCCUGGGCCGUGGACUCGAGCGGAGGGCCCUCUUUCUAGAGAGGGCAGAUCCCGUGGGCAUGGGGAGCUGUCCGCUCCUCCCGUGCCCCCAUGCCCCCCUCUCU